CAGCUAGUUCACUUCCGAAUUUCCAAAUAUUGAUUUAAAGGAUGACGUAUCUUUUAACGCAAAGAUCAAACGGUACCAAUGAAAAACAAAUAGAAGUAAAGGGAGACAAACCAAAACACUGGGACCCCAUCGCAGAGGGAUUGAAAUGGAUCGAAAAGCACGCGGAAAACGCGGAAAAGUUUUUUGAAAGAAUACCCGCAUUUAUUAGCACUUUUAUUGCUACGUUGGCUAUUUUCACCUUUGGCUCUACUUUGAGAGGAGAAUGGGUAGUAAUCUUAGUGACAGCGCUAAAGCAGAUCUCAGGACACACACAGAGCGAUAAGAAUGUGACCACAGAAGAGAUCUACAACUUGUUCACAUCAGAGAACUUGAAGAUGGAGAACUUCGCGUUCAUUUUCAUAGCGGCGCAUUUGGUGUCGUACGGGACUUAUUUCUUGCUGGGUGGAUUUCUGCAUUGGUACUUCUACGUGCAGCGACGUCACAUCGCCCACGAGUGGAAGCUGCAGCCCACCAAGUGGCUCUCGCCCGAACUCGAGCGACACGAGAUCAUGGUCGGAGUCAUCUCGCUCUUCGUUACUGGCAGCUUCUCGGCCUUUUUAGCCGCUUAUAUUGUGAAUGGCAAUCCAUCUACAGUUUACUUUCAAUUUGAUGAGUAUGGCUGGUGGUGGUUCUUCUUGCAAUUCCCUGUGAUAUUUAUUUAUCAGGACUUCACGACGUACAUCCUGCACCGACUAUACCACACGCCGUGGCUGUACGCGCGGUUCCACAAGCUGCACCACAAGUACAAGCAGCCCACCGCCUUCUCCGUCACCGCCAUACAUCCCGUGGAGAUCAUGCACGUGCAGCUCACCGACUGUCUGCCGCUCUUCCUGUUCCCUGUGCAUUGGUUGCCCUUCUACAUAGUAGUCCUGUACACGUACUACCACGGCAUCAUCGACCACUCGGGCAUCGACUUCCGCGCGCGCUGGUGGCAGCCGUGGCAGCCGCCCGCGCACUUCCACGAUCAGCACCACGAGUUCUUCCACUGCAACUUCGGCUUUAACAUGAUGGUGUGGGACCGGUGGUUUGGAACAAUGCGGAAGAUGAACCGCGUGUACACAGAAAAGACAUUCCACGGUGAAGCGCCUCCCAUUGACUCGCCCGAAGCGAACAAAAUCAUACAAAAUGACCCAGAAAUGAGAGAAACUGUGGAAAAAAUCAAAUCCAACCUCAACGAAGCUAAAUAUAAAUAAUGAUAACGCCUAUUUUACUUACAUUUUAUAUUAAGGAUAAUAAACGCCUUUAAUCGGCACGAGUUACUUUCAAUUACUACACUUUUAUUAAAUUUUAAUUAUUUUAAUUGAAAUUUUAUGUUCUAUAUCCAGCCAUUUAUUUACCCAAUUAUAUUAACAAUUUCCAUCUAUAUAUUUUUCGUUCAAAACGUCUAUUUUAAUAAAUUCUUAUUCUUUACAUUGUAAUCACCAAUUUGAAUCCACUCAACUAUUUUAUUAUAAUUGUAAGUUUAUUGUUAAUUGUAAUUUAAGCG